AUGACCUGGCUCCCUCUCGUCGUUGACAUGUUUCCUGGCUGCCUGCGGACCGCGAUUAAUGCGGCUUGCAUCGACCCGGCGAUCCUUGCGAGUAUGAAUGUAUGCUGCAAGGGUGAGUUGCGCAAGCGUACCGGUGUGCUGGCGUUGACUCCUGUGAAUGAAGACAGGAAUGGACCCUUUCUACUCUCGGUCGUUCGGAGUUGGCUUGCGCGAUAUAAUGGUGCAGUUUGGUCUCGAAGAGAGAAGAAAAACACAAAAUAUUAUAUAUCAUUGCGCGCAGAUCGAUACAACCAAAUUGAGGCUUGGCCAACGCAAUUCCGGUAUCAGCCCCAUACACCAGGAAUGACAUCCCUGAUCGGCCAGGUUUCCAAGAAUUACUCCAACGAUUGGCUGUCAGGGACUCGUACAGGGCCGGAGAUAUCGACCGGACUAGAGUUUAGCAUCGACCUCGAGUUCGGCCUCGAUGACCUGCGUUCUGCACGAGUCAGCGUUCCAAAUUUAAUUUUCAUUAGCAUAGGGAGGGUGAUCACCGUCGCAUCUAGCGUGUUCAAUGGUCAACUUGACUUUCCGGCUCUCGCUUCUUUCGUGGUCGGGAUAGUUCAACAAGGGAACACAAAAGAUGAAUUCUACUGCGGAAUUGGGCUGAGGGAUUCUGGAGACAUCUCUUUCAAUAAUCCUACCGUGGCCUUGGGCACGGGUUCCAGGCUAUAUCAGCUACAUUGA